UAGCCGCUUAGCAUGCCCGUUAUUCGUUCAAUGGAUUUGGAAUAAUGACUGGAGGAAAGGAAAGUGGUUCUGCUCUACCUCUAACCUUUCUUUUAUCUGAGUCAGUCUUGGUCUCAGUAGUCAGCAACUAGUCUUGCGUUAUAGAAUCAGUGCAGGAUCUGUUUCAUAUCCAAUGCAUUGUCAAGAUAUCUGUGGAAUCCACUGUUGUGUUUGGUGUUGAUUAGUGAACUUUUCGGAUAGACCUACAGUUGGUCUGCUCACAAGAACAGGUCUUCGGCGAGCUGUUCCAUCGAACCAUGCUGUGUAGCUAGCCAAUUCGCUUUCAAAGUAUGAAACUGUGCCUCGCUUUUCUGUCGCUCUUAUUAGGUGUGUCAAGUGAGAAAUAUCGAGGCAAAUAUGUGGGGAAAUUGAAUUCGUACCACCACCAAGUAUCGGGAGAUGUGUAUGCAGUCGAUGCCUACACACUUCUCAUAACUGGCUUCAAUUACGAUGGAAACGGACCUGACACGUUUUUCUGGGCGGGAGCCAGCAACAGACCCGGACCACAGGGCUUCAUUGUUAGUAUUGCCUCAUUUGAUGGUACCAGAAAUGGAUCAAGCAAUCUUCCAAAAGAUGAUGCUCCACCUCAUUUCACAAAUCAUGUUAAGCGUUUACUAAAUGACAAACUUCAUGGCCGUUGGAUUGGUCGUGGAAAUACAUAUUUUUGGGUUGGAGUUGGACCUCAACCGUCUUCUAAAGGAUUCAAAGUUCCUGAUGAGUAUGGAUACUUGGAACCAUUGCGCUUAUAUAACUCGGAAACGAUUACGCUUCAAUUGCCUGGAGACCUGACUGUUUUUGACUUGGACUGGCUGAGCAUCUAUAAUGUAGAAACAAAAGAAAAUUUUGGCUCUGUCAUUCUUCCAGACAAUCCAAACGUGCCACCAUCUCUAGCUAAAAUAAUUCCCCAUAAAAGUACUCUACCAAAUUGCAUUCAGCUUCACAAGGACUUACAAGUAAGCUGGGAAAUAUUUGGACCUCAAAUCACCAUCCAAUUGGCAGGUCAAAUUAAUGAUAAUAGCUACAUGUCUUUUGGACUGAGUGGAAGUAGCGAAAAAGCGCAAAUGCUGGGAUCUGAUGUGGCGAUUGCGUUCAUAGACGGCCAUCGUGGCUAUGCUUUGGAUUAUAAUAUCACAGCCAAUUCUCCUUGUGUGAAAGUUCUUGGACAGUAUAAAGGUGUCUGUAGAGAUGAUCUCAUCGGAGCCAUAGAUAAUAAUCAGUUACAUACAUUCGCCAGGGAAGACGAAAUCACUUACAUCACCUACCGGAGGACGUUGAUUUCAUCUGAUGCUGGUGACAAAGAGUUCAAGACUGAAGGAGUUAGCCAAGUGAUCUGGGCUCUGGGGAGACUGGAUGCCAACAAUGAGCCUGCAUUCCAUGACAUCUACCCCAGGGGGUCUACACCCAUAGAGUUAGGUCGCAAGGAGCCUUACAAUACCUGCUAUUCGUUCACAAAAACUCAAUCAGAGCCAAAGGAACGAUGGGAAAGACCAAAGAUAAUAGAUAAAUCACUGAGAACAUUCACUGCCACCCUGGGCCCCUCUGGCGGAGGGCAACGCGGUUAUCCUGCUAUCACAGGAAUGUCCUCGAAUGGCUUAGCGUGGUACCUGAAUGGUCUGCUCAUACCCGAGAUUUGGAUGAAGAGAGGAUUUACUUACGCAUUCCGUAUCUUUGGUGGCAAUAACCCUCACAGUGCCGAGUUCUACAAUCCAUUCAUAAUCACUGAUGAGCCGCAUGGGGGUGUGGAGAGGCUCAGUGAAGCUGCUCAGAAGCAGAUUCGAGUUCUGGGUGGAGUUCAGUAUACAUUGCGUGGUCAACCACGUCCAACCUCAGCCGGACCUUUGUGUCUUGCUCGUCACAAAGGUGUUGAUAGGCGGCUGGAUGAUGAUUUUCCCACUUUUAGAAAAUUCAAUAAAUCUCUACAUGUAACGUGCGAAUCAGGAGAUCCAGCCAUUCUGGAAGUCACACCUAACUCCUCGUGGCCGGAUACAGUUUACUACAACAGUUACACGCACUCGAACAUGGGCUGGAAAAUACACAUCAUCGACUCUUUUUCCGCUUCGUACAGUUCCUCUCCUCAGCUCACUAGUUUUAUGUUUUGUGCCUUCCAACUUAUAGCACUUUCAACAAUACCAUUCAUAAUUUAAAGCAGUCUAUUUGAUUAUGUUUGAAAGUUUGUAAUAAAAGAGUCAAAUUAAUUUCAUAGUUUCCAAUUCAAAAUAGUUGCACCAAUCCUACAGGUCUGGGUCAUAUAAUAUGCAACGAACUUGUUCUUUUCAAUAAUUUUUUUAUUAGCAUUAGAGUUCAACCACUACCCCCUAGAUUCACAAAUCUAGAUGGUAGUGGUUAGAUAAAUAAAUCCAGGUGGUAGUGAUCUAACCCGCUUUACCAUAAUUACAUUGAGUAUCUAGGUACUUUACUAUAGAGGUUUCAGCCACGAGAAAAAUCUUGAAAUCGCAGCGGCGUUAUGGAAGUCAAGCUUUUUCUCAUGACUUCAUGAUAGAUCUAUAGUGAGAAUGUAAUUAGUGUAAAUAGAAUGUCUAAAACUAUCACCAAAUGCCUUAUAAAACUAGUCAGUGACACCACAAGUCAGAGUCACAUUUCUUCCAUAUCUCUAAAACGUAUCGACUGAUAGCAUAGCCACCUCUAAUACAAGACCCUGGCAUACGAUAUUGCAACGUUGCAGUGUAGGCCUAGAAUCUAGUACAUGAUUGGUGAAAAAAAUCAGCUGUUAUUAUUUUAAAUCUUUUCCACCAAUCAUGUUUAGAUUCUAGGCCUACACUGCGACGUAGCAAUAUCGUAGGCUAGGGCCUUGUAUUAGAGAUUGCUAUGCUGAUAGUCAAAUUGAGUUUCGCGCACUACAAAAGUGAUAAUUAUUACUUCUUUGAUACAGAAUAAAAAAAUAGAGAUCUGCUAAAUGGAAAUAUUGUGCAAUAAAUUUUUGUGAUAUGAGAA